UGUGGAUAUGUGAAGAUGAUUAUAAUAAGGAGCAGCAUGGUGAAAUACUUCAAAGAGCUAGGAACGCACCGGCAAUGACAAAGGCAGCACCAUUUUAUCAGGGGACAGAAAACAAGAAGUCACAAACUGGUGUAGAUGUGAGGCCAAUAACAAACCAAUGGAGAGGAAACCAGGGGCCACAAACUUGUGUUGAUGUGAGGCCAAUAUCAAACCCAUGGACAGGAAACCAGGGGCCACAAACUUGUGGUGAUGUGAGGCCAAUACCAAACCCAUGGACAGGAAAACAGGGGCCACAAACCUGUGCUGAUGUGAGGCCAAUACCAAACCCAUGGACAGGAAACCAGAGGCCACACACUUGUGUUGAUGUAAGGCAACUACCAAACCCAUGGACAGGAAACCAGGGGCCACAAACUUGUGUUGAUGUGAGGCCGAUACCAAACCCAUGGACAGGAAACCAGAGGCCACACACUUGUGUUGAUGUGAGGCCAUUACCAAACCCAUGGACAGGAAACCAGGGGCCACAAACCUGUGCUGAUGUGAGGCCAUUACCAAACCCAUGGACAGGAAACCAGGGGCCACAAACCUGUGCUCAUGUGAGGCCAAUACCAAACCCAUGGACAGGAAACCAGAGGCCACACACUUGUGUUGAUGUAAGGCAACUACCAAACCCAUGGACAGGAAACCAGGGGCCACACACUUGUGUUGAUGUAAGGCAAUUACCAAACCCAUGGACAGGAAACCAGAGGAAACCAGACUUAUAACCUUCAAAGGUCCUAAAUAGUUGCAGGUCUCAGUAUCACAAUGUUUGCACUAAUAUAAGUGGAAAAUGUACACAUAAAAGUGGUUUUUC